UGACGAGACUCCAUAAGUUACCCCAUUUAUUUACUUUGACAUAACAUGUUUACAUUUAAUUAAUUUUUCUCUUACCUCUUUUUUUAUCCCAAAUUACUUUAUUUAACAACUUACCUAAAUAAUCAUGCCAUUUUGGCACGGGAACCUCCUAUUAGGACGGAAGGAGUAUAUGUUUAGCAUGAUCAUUUUUAAGAGUUUUUCAAAAAUAAAAGAUAUUUUUUGAGAUGCUACAUGGAGUAGCAUCUGAGAAAAGGCUGUGACUUAUAAUAUUAAUCAGUCUUAACAGGUUGCAUACCAAACAUAAAUAAAUCAAACAAGGAGUGUUUUACCAAAUAUCCUUUUAAGAUGUUUUGUGCAUAAGAUACCCUAAGGUUAGAUGAGAAUCUAGAGGGUAGAUUGAGAGAUUAUUUAGGUGGAAUCAGAAAUGACUGCGAGGGACAGUUGAUGAUUUGGUCUGCUAGGUACCCACCCACCCGUUUCAUUUUUAUUUGGUGACAACUCCGGUAGCUUUCUAAAAAAUGGGAAGUGGCUGCUACGGGGUGGGUGAUUGGCUGGAGUCUGUGAUGUAUAUAUAUAAGCUACCCUGAAGCCAUAACAAAAAUAUACAUUCUCAAGCUAACUCUAGUUGAAUUAAAUUCUUCAAUUCUUUAUCGAUUUUUAGCAAGGUCAGGCUCUAUCCAUUUAUUCAUACAUAAAUAUUUUGAAUUUUAUGGAUCAUUUAAUUUUCUGUCAAAUUACUGAUGUGCAUGGGGGUAGUUUUUUAUAGUACUAGUAUUUAUUUAUCUGAACCAGCAGCUAGCGCUAGACUAGAGAUUCAGAUAUGAGUUUGUUUUUUACUAGAAUAAAGGACGAUCUAUAUAUAGUUCCGAAUACUCAAGCAUAUACGAAGGGUGUGUGUGUGUGUGUAUAUAUAUAUAUAUAUAUAUAUAUACUACCUCCGUCCUUUAAAACUUUGCAGAGGAGAAAGAAAUAAUAGAAAUCACAAAAUAAUUGAUUAAAAGGAAAAGUGACAAAGCUUUUUGGGACGUCCUUAAAGGAAAGAUAGACAAAGUUUUAAGGGAGGGAGGGAGUAUAAGGUAGGCCGGGCAUCCGACCCCAAAAGUCCUCACAUGCACCCAACUGGCCGGCUAGCUUAGCCGGGUGGCAGGCUAUAUACUACUCCGUAUGUAUAAGAGAUUUGAUUAAGUAGCUUAGUGUAAGCUAAGAAUGAAAGGCAGGCGGGGCGGGGGCGAGUGAUCGAAAUGAAUUCAAUAUAAUUAAUUAGAUUUUGGAUGGUGCAGUGCAGUGCAGUACUUAAAGAUGAACAGAGCAGGAGACUGGAAUUGCCGGUCAUGCCAGCACCUGAAUUUCCAGAGGCGGGAGUCGUGCCAAAGGUGUGGAGAGCUAAGAAGCGGCGGCGGCGGCGGCGGGCUUGUAGGGCCGGAUGUGCGGCCGGGGGACUGGUAUUGCACCCUCCCCCAAUGCGCUGCGCAUAACUUUGCCAGCCGUUCCAGCUGCUUCAAGUGCGGCGCCUCUAAGCUGCUGCAGGCCGACAACAACAUGUUGCGCUUCUCCCGAGCUGGCAACCACCGCUCAUCCUGGAAGUCCGGUGACUGGAUCUGCACUCGGCCCGGUUGCAACGAGCACAACUUUGCCAAUCGCCAAGAAUGUUUCCGCUGCAAUGCUCCCCGGGACUCUACCGCCUGCAAUUCUUUCUGAUCCUCUGCAUGCUUCUCCCUUAGCUUUUUGGAAUUAAUUGGGUACAGGUUUAAUUACGUACGUACAGGUUUCAUAUUUUAGCUAAGAGAGAAUCAACGAAGACGAUCCAGACAAGGCCCACAACUCACGCUAGCUAGCUUUUUGGUGGCCGGCCACUGUCACCAAUCAACUAUGCCUUCCCCUUUAAUUUGCUGUAUUUUGGUUUUCAUUUUCUAGCAUGCAUUCACCCGGCCAGCCCUUCCAUCAUUUUGUAUUUUUGUUACCUCUAAUCUCUACCCGUCUUUAAUAACACAUUAUAUUUAUGUAUGCCCAUCUUUAUAUUUCUCAUUUCAUCCAUUGCGGAAAAACUUCUUAAAUAGGAAUAAUACAUAUAUAAAUAAAGUCUUUUCAAAUAGAA